AUGGCCCGUCGCAAGCAGAUCACGCCCAUGCAGCGCAUCAACUCGGGCGAGGUCAUGCAGACUCCCUCCGAUACGCCCGAACGGCGCGCCGUGUACAGCAACAGCAACGGCCACUUAGCCUCCCCUUCUGCCACACGCCCUCCUACCCAAGCACGAGCACACACACAAGGACAUUCCGCGCCGCAGCAGCCGGGCCUGCUCACCCUCGUCGUCUGCGUCGGCGGCAUCUACGCGUCGUUCCUGACCUGGGGGGUCCUGCAAGAACGCAUCACCACCACGCCGUACCCUUUCACGACGGGGCAGGAACAUUUUCGCUUCCCGAUCGUGCUGAACACGAUCCAGUCGUCCUUUGCCUUUGUCAGCGGCAGUGUGUAUCUUCUCUACAAGGCGGGCGCAACAUCAUUCCAGAUCCUCCCUUCGCGGGCAGCCCUCCUGCCCCUCCUCCUCGUCACGUUGACCACCACGCUGGCCUCCCCCUUCGGCUACGCCAGCCUCGCGCACGUCGACUACCUGACCUUUGUGCUGGCCAAAUCAUGCAAGCUCCUGCCGGUCAUGGCGCUGCACGUGACGCUGUUCCGCAAACGCUACCCGCUCUCGAAAUACAUGAUCGUGCUGGCCGUGACCGCGGGGGUCGCCCUCUUCACGCUGUACCACCCGCCCAAGAAGCCCAGCGCCGGCAAGGCCAAGGGACAGUCCAGCAGCAGCCUCUACGGCCUCCUCCUCCUGGGUAUCAACCUCCUGUUCGACGGCCUGACCAACACGGUACAGGACCACAUCUUCCAGUCGCCGACCCGGUACGGCCGCACGAGCGGGCCGCAGAUGAUGGUCAUCCUCAACCUGCUGGGCACGGUGCUGAUGGCGGCAUACCUUGUUGCCACGCCGUACGUGCCAUCCGCGCUCCUCCCGCAGUUUCUGCAGAGUGACACGACCGAGCUGAGCCAGGCGGUCGCCUUUUUGAGACGCCACCCGCCCGUCGUCAAGGACGUGCUUGCCUUUUGCGCGUGCGGGGCCGUCGGGCAAUUGUUCAUCUACGCCACGCUCGAGCGGUUCUCCAGCCUGCUUCUCGUGACCGUCACGGUCACGAGGAAGAUGCUGACGAUGGUGCUGAGCGUGCUGUGGUUCGGGCACCGAUUGGGCCCCGGUCAGUGGGCAGGUGUCGGCUUGGUGUUUGGUGGCAUCGCUGCCGAGGCGUACGUGCAGAACGCCGAGAAGAAGGCCAAGCAGAGGAAGAGGUCACUGGAGAAGGAUAGAUAG